UCCAGAAGCUCUGUUCAGCCGGCAGAUUGACCCGAUGGCCGCCACCAAGCGAUCCGCUGCCGCCGUCGACGGCCACGCCAACCGGCCGGGAGCGACCUGCGUCAAGAAGAGGCGCAUCGGAACCACCGGGGACUACGAUCAUGAGUCCUCCCUGGGCGAGGGCAUGUUCGGCGUCGUCGCCAAAAGGCGGCACCGUGCCACCGGCCAAGUCGUCGCCAUCAAGUCCUUCCGCAAUCCAGACAAGAAGGACGAGCCCGUCGACGCCCAGGAGGUGCUGCGGGAGGCCCGCUUCCUGGAGGCGUGCGGCGGCCACCCGCACAUCGUCGGCUUCCGCGGCGUCGUGCGGGACUACGUCACCAACGAGCUCUGCCUCGUCAUGGAGUACGUCCAAGGACAGAGCCUCCACUGCCUCCUGAGGGAGAGGCGCGGCGGGCUCCCGGAGGCCACGGUGCGCGACUACAUGUGGCAGCUCCUGACGGCGGCCACCAAGAUGCACCGGUGCCACGUCGUCCACCGCGACAUCAAGCCGGCAAACAUAAUCGUCGGAGAAGGAGAAGGAGAAGGAACGGUCAAGCUCUGCGACUUCGGGGUCGCCUUGUCCAUGUCGGAGGCGCCGCCGUACAGGCAGGCCGGCACGGGCAUGUACCGAGCCCCCGAGAUGCUCCUAGGAAAGCGAGACUACGACGCCCUGGUGGACACGUGGUCGCUUGGGUGCGUCAUGGCGGAGACCAUCACCGGCGAGAGGCUGUUCGACGAGGACAAUUCGACUUGUCUUCUCCGAAGGAUCUUCGAGGUGGUCGGGAUGCAGGACGACACAACCUGGCCGGGGUUCUCGUCCCUGCCGCUCGCGGACGCGGUGCCACAGGUGCCGACGGUGCAGCGGAGCACACUGCGAGAGCUGUUCCCGGAGGGGACGCUGUCCAAGGAGGGGUUUGAGGUCCUGAGCGGCCUGCUCGCCUGCAAUCCCGACAAGCGGCUGACGGCGGCCGCCGCGCUCAAGUUGCCCUGGUUCGCCACCAUUAUUGCUGCAAACGCCCACCAUCUCGCUUCUCCUCCUGCGGCCGCUACGACGACGGCGUCCGUCAAGGUGGAGGAAGUAGAGAUCGCUCCGUCAAUGCUACGCAGAAAGAAAGCGACUGCAAAGAAAUAUCUGUCAUUGUUUGUAACAAGAUAGAUUGUCUAUGAAUAUUGUUCAGAGCUUGA